UCACUUACAUUCCGAAUUACAUUUUAAACUUAAUUAUUAGGCCCAAAAAAUCACAAUUCUUUUUUCCUUUUCUUUUCCCCCUUCAUAUUCCUCCCAUAAUUAAAAUUUUCCAUAACAAACGAUUCAUUUUCCAUUUACCCUUCACUUCCUCCCGUUAUAUAAACCACUCUAAUGGUCUCACAUUUUCCCCACAACCAAAUCAUACAAAUAAUUACCACCAAAAACAAAAAAAAAAAAAAAUGGCGAGAAAGAGAGUGAAGCUUGCAUGGAUCCCAAAUGAAUCCGCCAGAAGAUCCACAAUGAGAAACCGCCGCCAAAGCCUAGUGAAGAAAGUGAGGGAGCUCUCGAUCCUCUGCGGCGUCCCUACUUUCUUCAUCGUGUACUCUCAGGGCGAACCGGAACCCACGGUCUGGCCGCCCACCCGGGAAGAAGCCGAAAAGCUGCUGGCCCGGUUCCUGGCCCUGCCCGCGGUCGAGCAGACCAGGAAAACGACCAACCAAGAGUCCUACCUCCGGGAGAUGCUCAACAAGCUCCACGAUGUCCACAAGCAACAGGUCCGGGUCCUGAACGAGCUCGAGCUCGCCUACCUUAUGGACCAGGUUCACUAUACGAGCAGCGGGCUGGAGGGGUUGGACCUGUACGGGUUGAACCGGCUGUCGGUUCUGCUGGAUGAGAAGCUGAGGGAGGUCAGGAAGAAGGCUGAGUACUUUGAAGUUGAACUGAAGGGAUCAGCUGCAGGGACAAACGUUGGAAAUAAUAAUGUUGUUGUUCCUGAAAACCCUAAUUUGUCGUGGCAGGAGGACUUCGUGAAUCACAUUAUUAAUCAGGACGGUGGCGACGGCAACGGUGGUGAUGUGGGCUUCCCGCCGAUGGAUUGAAUUUUCGGUUUAUUAGUGAUCAUUUACAUUUUACAGUUGGUUUUUUUUCUGUUUCAUCGUGGUAGUGAUGAACACAGUUGUUUCGGUUGUAAGGUAGUUAAUAAUUCUGGUUUGAUCAAUAAAAGGGCAACAGCCUCUUAAGUGUCGUGGUAAGGGACUCUAUAAGGAAAAUUUUGCUUGCGACGGUGGAGAGAGAUAGGAAUCAUGCACGCCGGAGAUUGCAGAGCAGCGAUGGAUCUAGAACAGGUUAGAGCACUAGGUCGCAUUUAAAAAAAGCGGUGUAGAGGGUUGGAUCGUAACUCUACAAACAUUGAAAUAUAUACCCAAAAUCGAAAAUUUACAAGUACUCUACGAAAUUUGGAUCAGGCGAGGGCUGGGCUGUGGCCCGGUGGGCGGCCCCCCUAGAUCCGCCGCUGUUGCAGAGUUGCUUUCGUUAUGGAAACUCAUGGAAAUGAAAGAUAAUUUCCCGAUGGUAGUCUCUCUAUACUCAUCUCCAUCACCAUUAACCGUUAACCUAAAUUUCGACCCAAAUUUGUUCAUUUUUUAUUUAUUUCAUAAUUCAGACAAAAUCGUUUUUAUUUGAAAGUUCAGACCAAUUUUGUCUUUAUACAUCAAAGUUCGGAUCAAAACAGGGUAUUGCCCUUUAAGACGUGGAAGCCGCAUUAGGGGUGGGCGUUUGGUCGGUUCGGUUUGAACCGAACCGAACUAGUAUAUGCCGAUUUUCCGAAAUCGCCACUACCCCAACCGAAUUCGAACCGAGCUAUAAUUCGGUUCGGUUUUUCAACCUAGACCCGAAAAAGUAACUGCUGUCAAAUUUUUUUUUUUUUUGUGCUCUGCCUUCUGGUCACUCAAAAUUUGGCAACAUGGCAGCUUUAAUUGGACUUUGAAUUUGGAGUGUGGGCGGCGGCGAGUGGUGGCUGUCGACGGGAGAGAAGGUCUGUGGGAGGAGGCGCCGAGUAGCGCUGGUAGACUGGGAGAGAUGGAGGGUGAGAGAGGUGAGUCGAGAGUCGAGACUGUGAGGCACGAGCAAGAGGCCGUCGGGGUCGGGGAGACGCCGUGACGGCUGACGGGGACGGCUGGUCGUCGAGUCGCCGAUACUGGUUGGUGCUGCUUCGACAGUAGGGAGAGGAGAGGAGGCAGGAGGGGUUGAAUUAGAAAAAGUAGUUGGCUGCUUCCUUCCUUCCUUUCUUUUCCUAGGGUUUUUUCGUCUGUGGGCUAGGAGAAAGGGAAUUGAAAAUUUGGAAUUGGGCUUUAAUUAGGGGCUUGGGGCAAGGCGGGUAGGUAUUGGGUUUGGGCUUUAGUUGGGUCAAGUGUUGGGAGUAGGCUGAAGUCAAGGUUGGGUUGGGCCACUUUUAAUUUCGGAAAUUCGGUCGGAAGUUCGAUUUUUUGGUUCGGUUUAACUAAAGCUGGCUCCCGAAAUGUGGUAUAUCUCCAUCCGAACUCCGAACCUAAUAAGGAUUAAUUCGGUUU